AAUGCAGGUUUGUACCGGUACAGGCUAGGGGAUGUUGUGAAGGUUACAGGCUUCCAUAACUCAACCCCGGAACUCAAAUUUGUCUGCAGAAGGAACCUCAUGCUCACAAUCAACAUUGACAAAAACACAGAGAAAGACUUACAGCUCGCAGUCGAAGCAGCUGCCAAGUUAAUAGCAGAAGAAAAACUAGAACUGGUUGAUUUCACGAGCCAUGUGGAUGUAACAACCGACCCUGGUCACUAUGUAAUCUUCUGGGAAGUUAGUAGCCAAGCAAGUGAGGCACUCCUGCAAGAAUGUUGCAAUUGUUUGGAUCGUUCUUUUGUGGAUGCCGGCUAUGUUAGCUCUCGCAAGGUGAAGGCCAUAGGGCCUCUAGAGCUCCGAGUUGUUCAGAGGGGAACCUUUCACAAGAUUCUAGAACAUUAUCUAGGACUAGGAGCUGCUGUUAGUCAGUUCAAGACACCUAGAUGUGUAGGUGCAACAAACAAUAUGGUGUUGCAAAUCUUGUGUAACAAUGUUGCACAGUGUUACUUCAGUACUGCUUUUGGCUAGAACAUGUGAGAAACAAAAAAAAAUCAAUUUUCUGAUGGUUUCUUCUUAGUAAUCGAAAAAGAUUCUCUUUUGUUGGCUUAAUUAUUUCUCCCAUGUUUUUCUUUUGUAAUAUUUGGAUGCCAUUCUUCAGUUUUAG